UUAUAUUUCCUAAUACUACCCGUACACCAAAACCCUUCCCUCCCCUUAUAUAACACGCGCACACAACACAAAAAGAUGGAAAAAGAGAGAAACAAACCUACGGAAUACUUUGUGCGACGGUAAAAGAGAAGGAGAGAGCAGCCGCAGACCAGAGUCGGAAGGAAGGAGCUCGACACCGCCGCCGUCGUCCUGUGUCGCCGCUGCCAUUGGGAUCGCCGGAAACAGCCCGACUAAUUGAUUCUUGUUUUGUUUAAUUCGUCUAAUUAUCGAGGUAAUAUGAAUGAUGAAUAAGGAAAUAUCCUGGAGCGCAGCAAGGGCAGAGAGGUGGAUGGAUGCUGGCUGGAGGAGCUAUCUAAAUAUUUCCUAUGAUGAAUCCAUCUUCGCGUUUUCCCUUUCUCGUGCCAGUGGUACUCCACUUGAACCAUCUCCUUCUCCGGUUCAUGCUGAUUUCCCAUCUUCACCUGCACCUCAACCCACCAUCGUGACCUCCUCCCAGCCAGUGACAACACCUGUACUACAGCAACAGUCGCCAGAAUCCUCCGGGCAAUCCUCCCACUCCAAUGACAGCGACGAUGGGACUGCUCCGGAUAGUUCUUCAUCGCCCUCUCCCUUACCUCCUGUCCAUUCUAGACGACCCCUUUCUCACUUAUCCAAUUACUAUUGUCACACAACCCAGACGAUGACUCCUGUUGCUCCUUCCAUUCCCUCUUCCAGUUCUCCAGCCACCACCUUCACCUGUCUAUCGCUGCCGCCUCCUCCCACGGUGUUGGCCUCUCCAUCGAUCGAUUGCUGGUCUCCCGCACGCUCCCAUUCCUUUGACGGCUGGCGGAAGACGCUGCAGUCCCAAACCCUAACUUUGCGCCAGAUAAUUUUUUCGGGGAAGAACCUUACAAUGGGCUUCUCAGCAAGAAAUUUACAUCGUCAUCUUCCGCACCUUUGUCGUCCACCAAGGUCAAGAGUCAAGGCAACAAUUGUUUCAUUAUUACUGUUCGUUCGUCAGAGGGCAACAAAAAUGGUAGCUUUGGAAUUGAAACCUAGGGUUCCGGCAAAGGUUGAUGGGGUUGCACUUGAUCCACAGCCUGAUUGGAGCUUUGAUGCUUUAUUGCUGGAGCUCAAUUCAAUUGAAAGGAGGGUUGCCGCAUCUCCAAGAUUUCCAGCAUAUACCAAAACACAUUCUCGGCAUCUUUCUGCUUCAAAGAACCAUGUGGGGCGUGGUUUUGUGAUGCAGGUGGAAGAUACUGUAAGUGAUAGUGAAGAUGAGGUUUCUGAACAGUCUGUCACUGCAGGCAGGCACUUUACCCAUGGUGAAAUUUAUGUCAGUGAUACUGAUUUUUUCGAAGAUGAGGCAGCUCUUGAAAUUGAGCAACAUCUAAUGGAUAAAGUUGGCUGGGUGGAAGGGACUUUAUCUGAGCUAAUUCAUGACCAUCAUCGUAGCGUUAUGGAGGAAGUGAGAAACAAAGUAUUAGAGUUGGAAACAGAUCAGAUGGUUGAGCAACAUAUCUUUUCAUCUAAACUUCAAUUAAUUGAGAAGUAUGCUGGAACACUACAGGAAAUGGAUCGAAGACUUGGCAUGCAAUAUCAGCGCAAAAUUGCAGAAGCACUUGACGAUCACUUGAUAGCUGUACAAAGGGAUCAUGAACAUAGAUCCCAAAUAGAAGAAAAGAGAAUACGAGAUGAUGCAGCACAUGAAGAGGCCAAAAGGAGAGAAAAGGCUCUUAAGGAAGAGCAAGCUGCACUAGAAAAAAAUAGAGCAGAGGCAGUGAUGAAGGCAGAUGCUGAGAGAAUGGAAAAGCUAAAAGUUGCAGAGCUGGUGGCUCAGAGAAAAACAGCUGAGGUUGCCCAGAAGAAUGACUCUGAGAUCAGUAUGGAUAUUGCCAAUGAUGCUUACAAGGAUGCAAACAAGGACUCAAGGAAGGCAGUGGAAUUUCAACCAGAUGUGCAUAAUCCAUUACAAUCAACAGGAGAUAUUAUAAAAGGUGCGAAAAAUGCUUUGAAUUUAGAGGAGAAAAGAUGGAUGGCAUAUAAGGAAUUAACUGCAAAGAAUGAAGCAUUGGGGUUAGGCACCACAAAGGAAUAUGAGACGCAUCUAAAAGCAAUGAGAAGGAAUAUCAAAACCAUCUCGUGUUUGGAAGAAAAUGUUAGGGUCAGAGCAGAUGAAUUAAUUAGAUUAAUAAGUUAUUCACGAUGGCCUCAAUCCAUAAGCAUUGCAAUGUUUGCAGAACAGAUUAUCUUCUCAUUUGUGACGUGUUAUGGAGGUUCUAAUGGUCUUCAUUACGCAUAUGGUCGUGCAAUUGUUCUUGUAACAUCUCAGGUCCCAGUUGCUAUGGAUAUAAUCAUUUCUGAACUGAACAAAGUUUGUAUAUAUACUGUUCCAAAGUAUAUAGAGUACUCUACGUCAGUCUUCAAGACCAAAGAAGCUUACUGUAGAGCUAUUGGCUUUCAAGAAGAUGGAAAGUUUGAAUCUGAUAAUAGUUAUUUAAGUCGAUUACAUGCCUACAUGAAACUAUAUGGAGCUAUUGUUCAGACUGAAGUUGAAGGCUUCCAAAACUUGCACGGGCAUCAAGAAGGCUGGGCAUGGUUGGCCAGAUUCUUAAAUACAAUCCCUGCAAACUUGUACACUGCUGCUGCCUUAAUUGCCUUUCUUGAAGCGGCUGGUUUUGUGCUAUAUAGAAAGUACAAGCGUCAUUUUGAGAAGCUUUUAUACAUUAUCGCCAGAGACUUCAUGAAAGCAUUGGACGGUAAACAGUCAAGCGGAGUGAUCUCUGAGCUCUGUACUUACAUAGAGUCAAAGAAAUAUCUGAGUGAGCCGAAAGGGUGGCGUCUAAGUGAUCAUUGCCAAUCACAGGUUUCUUCUGUUUUUUAGAUUUGGAGCAGCCACAGCUGUAUGGUAGAUGGUUAUUUAGACAUUCUUCAGACUCUACUUCAAGUUGGUAUUCUUUCAAAGCACGCAUCACAUUUGAAGUUCCAAGAUCUGUGUUUAAUAGUUCAAGAUUCAUCAAGGCUCAUGAGCAAUUUUCUGAAUUUUUGCAGAUGUCUGUAAUUUCUGUGUGUACAGAUUCAGACCUGUUCUUUGUUGUAUACAUGCAUAACAAAAAGUUGCACAAUUCUUAUUAUUUUAAUUAGAUUCAAUACAGAUACUUCCGGAUU